AUGGAGACGAUGAAUGUUGGAUCUUCGUUUAUGCAUGAUGAAGCUGUUGAAAGAUAUGAAGAAUAUGAGGAUGUCGAUGAGGAAGGAGAAGGGUUGAUUGAACCUCGCCAUCCCGGUCGGUCGGUGAACUACACCAUAGCGGAGGACAAGUUGCUUUGCAAGACGUGGUUGACAAUUGGAAUGGAUCCAACAACCGGUACCGAUCAAACAAGCGAAACAUAUUGGGUGAGGAUGACGGAGUACUUCAACACACACAACACAAGUAGGAACAAGCGAACCAUGCGCUCACUUCGGUCCCGUUGGUCCGGCAUCAACAUCGAUUGCCAAAAAUGGGCGGGCGUGCAAUCCAACGUCGAUGUUCUUAAUCCAAGUUGCACAAAUGAGAAUGAUAGGAACUCUAUGGCUCAAGGAUUGUUUAGGGAUGUGGGAAAGAAGAACAAGAAAGGCAACAAGAUUCUUGGCAAGCCAUUCACCUUGCAUCACUGCUAUGAAGUGCUAGGGAAUGAAGAAAAGUGGAAGACCCGCGUCAAGUUGGAAGCAACAACUAUGGAGGCCAAUGCUACCGGUGAUGCAACAAUCAUCGAUGAUGAUGAUUCAAGUGACGAAGGCAAGAAGAGAAGCUCCACUCCUCACUCGGUCAACAAUGGGCUAAGGAAUGUGCUUGGUAGGAAGGCCCCAAAGAUAUGA